AUGCAACAAGCCCAUGCUUUGCUGCAUGCAUGUCUCUACUCAUCUCUCAUCGUCUCCCUCCCCUCUUCCUCUGCAGGCUGUAUGCUGUACGUGGAGGAGAUAGACGUGGGCGAGGGCAGUGUGCGGCAGGUGGUCAGUGGGCUCGCCAAGUUCGUCACAGAGGACGAGAUGAUGGGCAUGCGGGUGGUGGUGCUCACAAACGUGAAGCCGGGGAAAGUGAGGGACGUUGUAUCGGCCGGCCUGGUGCUGUGUGCGUCCAACGAGGACCACACGGUGUGCCGCCCCGUGCAACCCCCAGAGGGGGCUGCCAUCGGCGAGAAGAUCACGUUCGCUGGAGUGGACGGCAAGGCAGAGGAGGUGCUCAACCCCAAGAAGAAGCUCUUCGAGAAGCUACAGCCAUUUCUGCGCACGGACGGCACGGGGGUGGCCAAGUUCCAGGACACGCCCAUGAUGACGACAGCAGGGCCGUGCACAUCCACCAUUGUGAACGCCUCUGUCAAGUAG